AUGGCAGCUAUGCAGCAGAAACUGAGGACAUCGCUGGCGGCAACGCUUUCCGAUACGGGGUUGCUCCGCUCGGACGGACUAAUCAACGGGAAAUGGGUGAAGGCCGCUUCAGGCAAACUGUUUCCAGUGAACGAUCCAGGAACGGACACCAAGGUUGCAUCUGUGUCUGCCUUCGGCGAGGCUGAUGCAAAGCUAGCUGUCUCGGCGGCAGAGCAGAGCUUCGACGCUUGGCGCUCCAAGACUAUGCAGGAGCGGGGGAGGUUGCUAUCUCGCUGGUCUGAGUUGAUCGGCGAAAAUUCGAGCGACUUGGCCACCAUCAUGUGUCUCGAGAGCGGCAAACCGAAGGCAGAAUCUAAGGGAGAAGUAAACUACGCCAUGUCGUUCAUAAACAUGUACGCGGGGAUGCAGACGAACGGGAUGGUCCUACCGCAGCAGACCGACAGUCAUCUCCUCAUGGUCACGAAGGAGCCUGUGGGCGUGUGCGCCUUGCUUACUCCGUGGAACUUCCCGGCUGCGAUGUUUACUCGGAAGGCGGCUCCAGCUCUCAUGGCGGGGUGCACCAUCGUCCUCAAGCCAGCGGAAGACACCCCCCUUACCGCGCUUGCCUUGGCUUGGCUGUGGGAACGAGCCGGGGGGCCCAAGGGAGUGGUGAACGUCGUGCCCACCCCGCGGGAGCUGGUGCAGGAGGUCGGCAACGUUCUCACGACCGACGAAGCCGUCAGGAAGAUCUCCUUCACGGGAUCCACCGCGGUGGGAAAGCACCUGCUGAAGCAGGCCGCGGGCACGGUCAAGAAAACGUCCAUGGAGCUGGGGGGCAACGCGCCCUUCGUGGUGUUCGAUGACGCCAACCUUGAGCUGGCUGUAAACGGUGCAAUGACGGCGAAGUUCCGCUUCGGAGGCCAGGUUUGUAUAGCCCCAAACAGGUUUCUGGUGCAGGAGGGAAUCUACGAAGCUUUCGUCGCUAAGAUGGCGGAGCAGAUCAGGGCUCUUCGUGUCGGAGACGGACUCGACUCUCGCACGAACAUGGGGCCCUUGAUCAACCUCGCGGCGAGAGACAAGGUGGCAGGCUUGGUGAAGGAUGCCAUCGACAAAGGAGCAGACGUUGUCUGCGGGGGGCAGCUCGAGCAGCACGAAAUGGGGAACAACUUCUUCGCACCGACGCUGCUAGGUGGCUGCACGCUGGACAUGCGCAUCAGCCACGAGGAGAUAUUCGGGCCCGUGGUGGCCGUGAUGAAGUUCAAAGACGUGGAUGAGGCCCUCACCAUAUCCAACAGCUCGCGUAGCGGAUUGGCCGGGUACGUGUACACGCAGGACUACUCCAGGGGGAUGCGAUUCGCGGGAAAACUGGAAGUCGGAAUGGUCGGGAUGAACGAAAGCUCCAUCUCGAGCUGCGUGGUCCCUUUCGGGGGGGUAAAGGAGAGCGGGAUGGGCAGGGAAGGGUCCGUGAUGGGGAUGGAUGAGUUCAUGGAGGUCAAAUCAAUCUGCCUUGGCGGAAUAUGA